CUCCUUUCGGAAGGGCUGGUAACUUGUUGUGCGGAGCGAACGGCGGCGGCACCACCAUCCUGGCGGGCACCAUGGGCACGUCCGCGCGCUGGGUGCUCUGGCUGCUGCUCGCGCUGUGCUGGGCUUCCCCGGAGAGCGGCGCCACCGGAACCGGCGGAGUGUUCAGAAGGAGGCAGAGGGCCGGGCCGGGCCGAGACAGCGCUGCGGCCCGAGGCGCGGUCCCUGGACUUCAGGAAGGCUGGGAGCGGACAGUGGAUGAAGGGAGAAAACUCAAAUGUGAACCCUCCCAAUUCCAGUGCACAAAUGGCCGCUGUAUUACUCAGUUAUGGAAAUGUGAUGGAGACGAAGACUGCGCUGAUGGUAGUGAUGAAAAGAACUGUGUAAAGAAGACAUGUGCUGAGUCUGACUUCGUAUGCAACAAUGGCCAGUGUGUUCCCAACCGAUGGCAGUGUGAUGGGGAUCCUGACUGUGAAGAUGGUUCUGAUGAAAGCCCAGAACAGUGCCGCAACAUAACGUGUAGUGCUGAUGAGUUCACCUGCUCCAGUGGUCGCUGCAUCUCCAGGAACUUCGUGUGCAACGGCCAGGAUGACUGUAAUGAUGGCAGUGAUGAGCUUGACUGUGCCCCACCAACCUGCAGCGCCCAUGAGUUCCAGUGCAGCACCUCCUCCUGUAUCCCCCUCAGCUGGGUAUGCGAUGAUGAUGCAGACUGCUCGGACCAGUCAGAUGAGUCCCUUGAGCAGUGCGGCCGCCAGCCAGUGAUACACACCAAGUGUCCAGCCAGUGAGAUCCAGUGUGGCUCUGGAGAGUGCAUCCACAAGAAGUGGCGAUGCGAUGGGGACCCUGACUGCAAGGAUGGUAGUGAUGAGGUCAACUGUCCUUCUCGAACCUGUCGACCUGACCAAUUUGAGUGUGAGGAUGGUAGCUGCAUCCAUGGCAGCAGGCAGUGUAAUGGGAUCCGAGAUUGUGUUGAUGGUUCCGAUGAGGUCAACUGCAAAAAUGUCAACCAGUGCUUGGGCCCUGGAAAAUUCAAGUGCAGAAGUGGGGAGUGCAUAGAUAUCAGCAAAGUCUGUAAUCAGGAGCAGGACUGCAGGGACUGGAGUGACGAGCCUUUGAAAGAAUGCCAUGUAAAUGAAUGCUUGGUAAAUAAUGGUGGAUGUUCCCAUAUCUGCAAAGAUCUAGUUAUAGGCUACGAAUGCGACUGUGCAGCUGGGUUUGAACUGAUAGAUAGGAAAACCUGUGGAGAUAUUGACGAGUGCCAAAAUCCGGGAAUCUGCAGUCAAAUUUGUAUCAACUUAAAAGGCGGUUACAAGUGUGAAUGUAGUCGUGGCUAUCAAAUGGAUCUUGCCACUGGCGUGUGCAAGGCAGUAGGCAAAGAGCCGAGUCUGAUCUUCACUAAUCGAAGAGACAUCAGGAAGAUUGGCUUAGAGAGGAAAGAAUAUAUCCAACUAGUUGAACAGCUAAGAAACACUGUGGCUCUUGAUGCUGAUAUUGCUGCUCAGAAGCUAUUCUGGGCUGAUCUCAGCCAAAAGGCUAUCUUCAGUGCCUCAAUUGAUGACAAGGUUGGUAGACAUGUUAAAAUGAUCGACAAUGUCUAUAAUCCUGCAGCCAUUGCUGUUGAUUGGGUGUACAAGACCAUCUACUGGACUGACGCGGCUUCUAAGACUAUUUCAGUAGCUACUCUAGAUGGAACCAAGAGGAAGUUCCUGUUUAACUCUGACUUACGAGAGCCUGCCUCCAUAGCCGUGGACCCACUGUCUGGAUUUGUUUACUGGUCAGACUGGGGUGAACCAGCUAAGAUCGAAAAAAUGAAUGGAUUUGAUAGACGUCCGCUGGUGACAGUGGACAUCCAAUGGCCUAACGGAAUUACGCUUGACCUCAUAAAAAGCCGCCUCUAUUGGCUCGAUUCUAAGUUGCACAUGUUGUCCAGUGUGGACUUGAAUGGCCAAGAUCGUAGGAUAGUACUUAAGUCUCUGGAGUUCCUAGCUCAUCCCCUCGCACUGACAAUAUUUGAGGAUCGCGUCUACUGGAUAGAUGGAGAAAACGAAGCAGUUUAUGGUGCCAAUAAAUUCACUGGGUCGGAGCUGGCCACUCUAGUCAACAACCUUAACGAUGCCCAAGACAUCAUUGUCUAUCAUGAACUUGUACAGCCAUCAGGUAAAAAUUGGUGUGAAGAAGACCUGGAGAAUGGAGGAUGUGAAUACCUAUGCCUGCCAGCACCACAGAUUAAUGAUCACUCUCCAAAAUACACCUGUGCCUGUCCCAAUGGGUACAAUUUAGAAGAAAAUGGCCGAACGUGCCACAGUACUACAACUACUGUGACUUACAGUGAGACAAAAGAUACCAACACAACAGAAAUUUCACCAACUAGUGGACUAGUUCCUGGAGGGAUCAAUGUGACCACAGCAGUAUCGGAGGUCAGCGUUCCCCCAAAAGGGACUUCUGCUGCUUGGGCCAUUCUUCCUCUCUUGCUCUUAGUGAUGGCAGCAGUAGGGGGCUACUUGAUGUGGCGAAAUUGGCAACACAAGAACAUGAAAAGCAUGAACUUUGACAAUCCUGUGUACUUGAAGACCACUGAAGAGGACCUCUCAAUAGACAUUGGUAGACACAGUGCUUCUGUUGGACACACAUACCCAGCAAUAUCAGUUGUAAGCACAGACGAUGAUCUAGCUUGACUUCUCAAACAAGUCUCGGCCUUUGAGGUCUAAACCAAUAAUACCCUACUCUGGAAUGGUAACCUAGCCAGCAGCUGAAGUCUCUUUCUUCCUCCCAGCAGGAAGAACAUCAAGAUAUCUUUGCGUGGAUCAAGCUUGUGUACUUGACCCUUUUUAUAUUACUUUUGUAAAUAUUCUUAUCCACAUUCUACUUCAGCUUUGGAUGUGGUUACCGAGUAUCUGUAACCCUUGAAUUUCUAGACAGUAUUGCCACCUCUGGCCAAAUAUGCACUUUCCCUAGAAAGCCAUAUUCCAGCAAUGAAACUUGUGCUAUAGUGUAUACCACCUGUACAUACAUUGUAUAGGCCAUCUGUAAAUAUCCCAGAGAACAAUCACUAUUCUUAAGCACUUUGAAAAUAUUUCUAUGUAAAUUAUUGUAAACUUUUUCAAUGGUUGGGACAAUGGCAAUAGGAUAAAACGGGUUACUAAGAUGAAAUUGCCAAAAAAAUUUGUAAACUAAUUUUGUACGUGUGAAUGAAAUCUUUGACCUCAAUGGAGGUUUGCAAAGACUGUGUGUUCAAACUACUGUACAUUUUUUUCAAGUGCUAAAAAAUUAAACCAAGCAGCUUAACCAUGGUUUGUGCCUAUUCCUCUAGGAUGAACUCUCAUAAACAGUCUGAAUAGUAUCAAGUGUUCUAACUAAAUGUAUGAGCUGUCGCUCUUAAUGUUGUAUAACUAAGCCUGUAAUUGGGCUAGUCUCUCUUAUAAACAACUACUAAUGAAAAAACGAGGUACUAUUUAACAUUUGCUCCCAAAUUAUUUCUUAUUUUGUAAAAGAAACUAGCUUAGUCUAUACCUAGACUUUCUCUUGCUUUGAGAAGAGUUCCUUUUCUCAUUAACUUAUUUCCUGGUCUAGAAACAUGUGCUGAGAUUUCGAUGAAUUCUGCUUCUUCACACUUAAGUCUCUUUCAUGUUCUGUCAUUAUAUAAAGGUCAAGGACUAGUGCCUUCUGAGGCAUGGGAAAGGGCUUUCUUAUAAAAGUUUAGAUGGUCUUGCCACAAACAUAGGGAAGUUAGCAAACAGUGCCAUUUUUAAACAAUCUAAGGCAGUGGUUCUCAGUGUGGUCCCAGGAGCACCUGGGCACUGGUUAGAAAUGCUGAUUCUCAGGCAGAGCCCAGGAAUCGGUGUUUUCACAAGCCUUCCAGGUGAGGAUGUAUGCUAAGAUUUGAAAGUCACUGUUCUAAUGUGACUUCAUAGACAACAUGUCUGUAAUAUCUCCUUUAUAAAUGUUUAGCCUGGGGUAGAACAGAUUCCUACUGAGGAAAAUGUUUGGAACUUUUAGUCUGAAGAGCAGAUGAAGAGUUGGAGUAGAGGAAGUACCAGCAAAGGGUAUUUCAGUGAGCUUCCCAUCACAUAGACCAUUGCAUCCUUUCCCUAAAGUCUCCAGAUGCAUGGAAGCAAGGGCAGAUAUAAGACUUGAAGCACUGGAGGCUCCUCUAUAUCCAAAGUGAGAUGGCGAGUCUACUGUGGAAGGUGCAGCGAUUCUUCUGGGAUUAAACAACCAACACGGUAGCAAGAAAAUGAAGAAUUGUUUUUAGCAGCUAAAUGGAUCAGAGGAUGACUCACAUUUCACUUGUAAAAUACAAGGCUGAUAAUAUCUUGCUUGUGGCUUAGGGAUGGUGGUCAAUAGUUCUAGAAGAAGGAGAUUGAUUCUGCCAUCUUGUUUAAUGGAUGCUCCCUUGUGAUUUUGGUCAAAUGGCUAAAAGAAAAAGAAUAGACUUGGAACUGACUCUUACUGGGAGGUGUGAAGAUCAGGCAUGUAAAAGGAAAAGGCUUUGGUCAUUAAGGUAGGCCUGUCUUCUGUCCAGCUGUUUCUUACUCCACAUCACAUUAAACAGGAUAUGGCCUGUGACAGGGAAUGGCUUAGGUGCCUGUUUAGGAAGCAGGUUGGAAUUCGUUAUGUCAAAACUCUGAGACCAUUUGUUUGGUGUUUUGCCCUUGCUCUGGCACAAAACCACUGGCUUAUUUUAAUCGGAGUAAUAACAAAUUACUUUUUGCGAACUUGAAAAUAAUAGUGCUUUUCCUUAUUGUAAGGAUUAUACAGCAUUAAUUAACAAUAAGGCCCAAAGCCACAGUUUUUACAAAUAAAAUAAAUUUGGAUUCCAGUCCCUAGUGUAUUUUUUCAGGUUCUGGGUACCAACUUUCACCCUGAAAGAGUCUCAGGUAUCCCCCCUCCCCAGUGAGGAAACCAAGGUACAAUUCAUUGCAUCUAAUUUAAGAAGUAAAAACACAUUUAAAGAAACAAAGUAACUAGAUAUUUCUUUUGAGAUCAGUUAUACAGGAGGCUGCUCAAUUCAUCAUGUAAUAAUUGUUAGUGAGGGAUUAGAACCCUAGGCUUUAUCUCCCAAACAAGAACUUAAAGAUUCUAUGUGAAACAAGUUAACAUAAAUUUGCUGUGUCUCAAGAGUUUAAUGCAGGAGAAGAGAAUUAAUUAGGAAAAAUAAGAAGCUUAUCAAACACUAAAGGAGGAUAUUUAGUGUUAAAUGAGCCCAUCACAUGAAGUGACUGAAAAUACUCAACAAUUCCCAAAGUCAGCACUCCAUAGACUUUAGGAAUUACUACAAAAGAUUGAUGAUAGACAAAUAAACAUUUUUAUGACCUUGGGUAAAGGAAUCCAGCCAAGUCCCUGGAUCCAAAUUUUUAAGUGGCCUUUGAAAGCUUAUCUAUUUGACAAGAAACAGUCCCAGUUGUUUGACUAGCUUCCUUAUAACACUCUUAAGGCUAUUUCAAAGCCUUGGUGUCAUUUCUAAACCUUUGGCUUUAGCCUAGGGGAAAAAAAGGAUUCCAACUUUGGCCCUUGCUUUUCUUUUCCUUAUGUCUUUGGAAGUCAAAAUUAUGAGAAGGUAGGCUUUAAAUAGCAAACCUACCAAAAAACUAACUCAUUUAAAGAAUGAAUUCCUCAUUUAAGAAUGCUGUAGAAAUGAGAGCUCUACCUGAAGUCUACUUUUUCACUAUCUUUACCCCAAACCAAAGAUUCUGCUGAGGUGUAACUCUUACGUCAUGUCUAAAUGGAACAACUUCCUAGAAUUCCCACGUAGUCAUAUCUUACCUUAGUAAAAACACUUGAUAUUUUGAACCCAAACAAUAGUUACAUUCCUAAUUUUCAUUAGUGGCAAACUUGCAAAAAACACAUAUGCUUUGUUAAUGUAGGUCCAAGAACAAAGAAUACAAUCUGCUACUGUCAAUCCCCAAAUGUGAGCCCUUCCAUUUCAUAAUCAAGUGUUUAAGCCCAGUGCUUUGGGGAAAAUGACAAUUGUAUAUCCUGGCUUUAGAUCUGUCAUGAACCUAAACUGUAGAAGCUCAGGAAUGCAAUAAAAUAGAAAAAGUCUUCAAAAGGUAUUUCAUUGCCAAGGAUAGAGGGAAUGAAGCUGAAGAAACAAUGGCAUUUUUUGGACUUAUUUCUUUCAAAUCCAGUAUGGAGGUUUCCAGCUCAAAAUAAUGUCAAGUGAAGGAUAAUCUACUGCGCAUUCACAUCUACCUUCACACACAAAAAGCUAAACCCAAGUUGGCAGUGAGGUCCUAGCUGUGAAAUUUGGGGAUCCAGAGGUAGGUCCUAAGAAACUGAUGACAGCAGUAUCCCAUCUCUUUGGUGUCUCUUGAAUUUCAUUAGCAUUUUUAAGCCUGGCUCAGCUGAAACAGGAACAAAGUGGCACCCCUGACCAAGAGCCUCCCUAUAAAUGUCCUUCCUUCCAUUCAUAGCCACUGAGGUAGGAGUCAGGCUGAGGGUGGUCCUUGCAGAGGACCCUGCGGCAUAUGAAAAACAGUCUUCUUCACUGUGCUUAGAGGAAAAGUCAGAUGGGUGGCAAGGCAGGUUCAGUAGAAGCAGUAGGCAGUGCAGUCCAUGCAUAGCCUACGUUGGUUUUGUGAAGGGAAGCUUGGGCAAAUUACGAACCCCCUGUGUAAAAUGGAGAGGGUAGGAACUAUCCCAUCAAGACAUGGUAAAGUAAGAAUGAGAUGCGCAGAAAGAGCUCAGCACAGGCUCUGGCAUUUAGUUAUGUACAGGGCCAGUGUCACUACUGAAUAUCACUGUCAAUGCCAGGGCUCUGGGUCCAUUGUAACACAACUUAGGACCCAGUGAGUGGCUUCACCUCUGGGUGAACUUUAUUACAUUUGUACCUGUAAUAAAGUUACAGGUAACUUUAUUAUUGAAUGUAACACACAUAGUCCCUGACUUCCAUCUUCUCCUCAGUACCUGUCUAAUGAGAUCUGGGUCUGAAACUUAGUUGGCAAUAUCACCUGGUAUAGCUAAGAAGGUUCAAAGGAUUACAUGGUUUAAACCUAGAAACAUAGUAGGUUUGCAUCUGCCCCAGUCUUUUGACUUUAUUGCUUAGGACAUGGAAACAAAUCAUCGGGAACCUGACAGUCUUUGGAUGACCACCAAAGUUCCCUUAUGUUAACAUUACACUAAAUGCAUGCUCUCAUGUAUUUUCUUUAAUCUUCACAAGUCUAAUAGGUAAGUAUUAUCUAUUAUUUUAUAGAUGUGAAAAUUGAGGCUACCAUGUGUGAUUCCUAACCUUUAUGUGCACACUGCCAUCUCCUCUCAGAAGAGGAUGAAAUACUAUGUAAGGGUGAAGGCGGAUACCAUGCUGUUGUAUGCUGAGUCCCCUCUACUACUGAUGUUAGGAUGUCUCAGUAUCUCAGGUGUCUGAGAUGCCUACUCUGGCUGCCUUCCAACAUGGCAGUGUACCAGAAAUAAAACACUGGCACUAUUCCUUCAGGUCAGCGCAGAGUAACUCAGUUCUGUGUCUUGCCUUCAAGAUGCUUGAAGUUCCAGAAUUAUGUUUCUUGGUCAUGCCUGUAAAGUAGGAGAUUAGAUUGCAAAGCAGAAAAUAAAGAUUUCCUGAAGGAAUUUAUAGACAUGUGACAUCAUUCCUAUGUAUAAAACAUU